ACAAAAUAUUUUCCUUCCUUCAAAAUUGCAGUUUAACAGUGGCGAUGGAAGAGUAUACAUCACAAGUCAGUGAAGAAAUUCACACCGAUGUUCUCAGCAAAGCUCGAAUCUCUUGCUACAAGGCGAGAGAUGCGUUCUACUCAUGCCUGGUGAAUAAAUCAGACAAGAAGCCUACUGAAAUCGGGACUGUUGGGCUGUUAUACCCAGUUGAUUGCAACAAAACUAGGCAGGAAUAUGUGAAGCAAUGCAGACCCACUUGGGUGAAACAUUUUGAUAGGCAGUACUGUUCUAAGAAGAAAGUUCAGAGGCAUUUGGAUGAUAAUGAGUCGAGGAGAGGGUUGUAAGGGUACUCAAAUCA